GCGGAAAAACAACAAUGAUCGCUUGAUAUAGAGCACAAAGAAUAUCAACACCAGCACCUCAGCAGUUACCGACGCGUCGCAAAUGGAGCCUCGUCCCCCAAGAAAUGUAUCCGAACGACGUUCCCCAUCGAGACCUUCCUUUCAAGCGCCCACGAAGGCGAGUCUAGCGCGAUCGCAUCCCGAAAUUCUAGAACGCGCCUUGAGUAGAUCUCCAACGAGAAACCCCGCGCGUAAAGAUGACCAGCAAACGGCGGCUGAUAUGAGGGUUUUUGGGCUGCGGGACAGAAAAGCCCUCAGACCCUCAAUCACGUUGACACAAAGCCCGGCAGGGCCUUUCAACCACAGUCAACAAUCCCCUCUCGCGCUCCCCAAUCGGCGAUCCAGUGGACUGGCAGCGUUUGCUGCACCCCCGAGGCGCGUGUCAAAAAGAAUAAGUGCCUCGGAUUUAUUAUUUCAAUCUCCAACCGCAUCCCAAGAAACUAGGAUGCAGGCGAGCAUGGAAAAUACACCGGAAGAUCAGUUGGCGUCUGAGCUGGGCAGUGCAACAGGAGACUUCAGUGGAGAUAUAGAGGCCCCUUUGUUGCAUGACGGAUUCGAUGAACCUGAUCUACCCCCGACACCGACCCAAUUAGGCCUGGAGCCACCACCUGGGAGACCCAAAGGGUUAAUUAACAGCAGCCCCAGUAUACAACAUGAAAAAUGGGCGAAACGACGACCGGCGGGUGACCUGGAGAACAGUCCAUCCAAACUCAGGACUGUAGAUUAUGGUGCUGGGCUAGAAGACUUGACGGAACAUGUUGCGACUAUGAAUGAUUCUCUUUUCCCUGAAUCGGUUGUCAAAAAAAGGAAGGUGAGGAGAAAACUUUCGGCCGACCUCGAAUCUUUCAAGCAAGACAUCGUCAAACUAGAGGGGUUGUGCGAGAAACUUGAGCAACAAGGAGAAGAUAUUGGACCCUAUAUGAACGAUUUGAGUCCUCUUUUAAUAUUUUCGGGUCCGUCUCAUGCCAACUCGGCGAAUCUACGUCUCAAAGAUAAUCCAGUUUCAUCCCUUAUAUCGACAUUACUGCCGUUUGGCACGAUGCGUCCACCAAAGCCACGUCAUCCUCGCCUAGAACCGAAUCCGUUUGCUCUUGACCAUAACACGUAUACAGACUCAUACCUGUCUGGGCUCGCACCCCUGAAAAUAACAUCAACGUCGAACACCAUCUCUGCUUCAAAGUCGGGCUGUUUUAUAGAAAGGCAUCAGAUCGUACUAUCCGCACCACGCCCAUUUCCUCCCAAUAUCUACAAGAUAUCGGUUUCCUAUGAAACAAAUCUAGAUAUGCAGUCUCUAGUGUCCUUAUCGGCAGAGGUUGACGAAAGACCCCAGGACUAUCUCCAGCAAUGGGUGAACAAACGGCUGGAAAAUCGCCUUUUAAAACUGGAUGUCUCUGGACUUUGCUGGGGUAUUAAUCGCUACUGGGAGGCUCUAGUAUCGCGUGGCCGAAUCUGGGCUCAAAUAGAAGACCAACACUCCUACCUAAUUCCUAGUCGCAACAGAUCUACCCAUUUUGGAAAGUCCAAGAAGAGUGGUGACCUUCACUUGAGAAACCCAGGAAUUAUCACUACCUCAGAUAUGCGACGAAUACUCCCUCACCUCGAGCGCACGUCCAUGAUCUUUGGGUCAAAAGAGAAAUCUUUUGAAACUCUCCUUCUAUGCGAACUGACCAUUGACGAGUGGAGCGGUGAGCCAGAGCUAGUGCCCACCAUAUGCAUAUCAACUUCGGGAUUCGACAGUGGCUCAAGUGAGAAAGUAGAACGAGAAGCGAAGAAGCUCUUUGAGACGAUCUUGAGCGAAAACGCCGAGCGCCAGGCAGGACCCGCGGGCGGCUUUGAUGGGGAAGCUAUCGUAAAAGCUACAGCUUGUGUGCUGAAUGUCUUAUUUGGGAAGGGUGGUAGAAGACAGGAAUAUGCAUAG